GUCCGCCGCCGCAGACCGGUGUUGUUCCUAACUCGUUAUUAUUUGGCUGAGCAAUCCGGGCCUUGCCUUUAAUUUUCGCCCAGAAUGCCGAGUUCCUGCCAAGAGAUCAGAAACGCUCUGGCGCAAUGUCUUCAAGAAUCAGACUGCAUCAUGGUGCAACGGCGCUCGCCCCGCGAAUGUCUGAGUGAGCCGUACGUCGACGAACUUCCCAUGCGAUGCCAGCAAUUGCGGAAGGGAUUUAGCGAGUGCAAGCGCGGCCUCAUCGACAUGCGCAAGCGGUUCCGCGGAAACCAACCCAUCUCGGUAUCGACGACGGAAGGCGGCGGCUCCAGCACGUCCCAGCAACUAUAUGCAGGCAAGCCGGCGUUUGAGACGGUCAAGGAGAUUAGUGGUGAUGAGGUGCAGAUGGAUCCGGAGAAGACUCGUGGUCUGUGAGGUGGGGGGUGGUUAGUUAUAUCUGGUGUUGUGGGUGACACAGAUUAGUUUCCCUUGCGCGCUGUAACAUCACGUUCUCUGUGCUUUUGUUGUAUUCGCUGGCAUUUGGCUUGGAGUUUGGUUGAUUGAUUGAUUGAUGGGAGUAUUUUGCUCAUGUGCCCGUGCCCUGAUAGUGUGUAUGAUUGUCGGGUUAUGGGUACGUACUUUUACUAUCAUGCUAUACUACUAGAUUGUACAUAUGCAAUGGAUGGGUCUGUCUGUAUGCAGACUGGCUUGGGCAUUUCUACGAUUCGGG